AUGUCGUACAUAUUUCUUUUGGAACUAAUUGUAGAUGAUUUGGAUAUAUUUCCGCAGAAAAUUGCAACGCACCUCGAUGAACCGAACAAACAGUCCCGUGGUGAGCUGUGCGUCCGGCUGCAAAUUGGAGACCUGGUACGGUGUGAGGUUUGCGAAAAGGAUUUCGGUUCCACGGUGGACCUGGAGCCGCGUAAGACCGGUGCCAACGGUCUCUUUGUUUACCAACCGGCGAUCGAGAUGAGCGAGGAACCCGUAUUCCGCAUAUCGGCACACGAGAAGUCACCGGAUGGUGUGAAACGGUUGGUUGGACUGUGGGAAGAGCCGGGCCGGAAAAUUUUGCAAGACCUAACGUGUGCCUUCGAAAAACGGAACGGCGCGCAUCGGAGUUCCGGAGGCUCAAAGGAAUCCCUCCGUUCGGACAAUUCUAACAACAGCAAGCGACCUAGUAAACCAGUUUCUCAUACGACGAAGGAAAUGUAUCCGUUGAGAAAAUCUGUCGAAGCCGAGCAGUCCGGAAUCAUAGGAUUCGCAGUUGUUACCAUUCGGAUGACCUGCCUGGGUCCAAACGCCAAUCAGAAGGUGCUCUUUGGUAAGCGCAACGUGCUGGAACCACCCGUUACGUGCUACAAGAUGGAAGAUGAGUCGGUAAUAAAAUGUCUCACAACGGAGGAACCGGAGGAUGAGCAACCAAUCGCUCCGAAGGCUAGUGCAGCAAGUUUCCAGCAGACUUUGGCGGAGAAUAAAGAGGAACAGUUGUAUGACGAGUACGCGGCCGAGUUGAAUGGAAACGCUAUUUGCAUUCGUGUGGAAAAGGAUGCCAACAUUGCGGUCAAUAUUGACGGGGAGGAAGCACAGAAUGGAUGCACCAAAGGAUGUUGGACUUCACUUACCCUCCCUGAUCGUGUUUACGGUUUAAAGGAAGAGUUUGUUCAACAGCAGACAAAUGCAUGCCAGCUUCCCGUGGUGCGCGGGACUCUCAAGUACCCGGUGUACCAUUGGUCGGGCGAUUUUAUGCUUGCCAAAAAGACCACCCCAGUCACUAUUGAGGACUUCCGGAGGAAGCCAGAUCCGACGCGAACCGUCGGUCUUCAAGCGUGUACCGCAGACGAACAGCUCGAAAAGCAGCUGGCCGGUAUCGAAAUUUGCCGCAAGGGUUGGCAUGAUCCGAACGUGGAUGUGUUCGUUCUAAAACUUGGAAAACAGCCGCAACAGGACGCAGGAGGCAGUGAUCCACGCCAUCGGAUCGAAAUCGAGCUGCGCACUCCGAAGGGGCCCACAAGGGAAAUCCGCCCGAAGGAAACGCGUGGUGUGCAGGUGUUGGAGGAAGAGUUUGCGCCACCUCAAAGACCCGCGCCACCUCCGGCCGUACCGGUUACACCCGGUGGAGAUGCCGGCGUCAAUGGCAAAAAGCCCACCAAACCAACCGGCAAGAAAGGCAAAAAGAAGUGA